UAUAAUUCAAAUCUCAUAUUUUUCAGACUAAGAGUCCUUAGCUCCACAUGCUCCACUCUUACUGAACAUGUUUAACAGAUCAGAUGAGUCUAGGGUGUUCACCCUACCUAGAGCUAUACUACUCUUCUUUGCCUUAACUACACUUGGAUUCGGAAUCUUCUUCCUCUUGCACUUUACUCCGAUAUUUCAUAACAUAGUCAGAUCUCAACUUAUACUGAGCCCAGGAACACAAGGUUAUGAGGCCUGGAGUAAACCUCAGAUUUCUACAUAUAUCAGGUUUUACUUGUUCUCUGUGUUAAACCCUGAGGAAGUUGAAGCUGGCGGUAAACCUCGGCUAGAACAGAUCGGACCUUUUGUUUAUAGGGAGGAGUUGGAGAGGGUUGAUCAGGAUUUCUCAAAAUUUGGAAAUGUAAACUUCAGGACACGUAAGGUUUGGUAUCCAAUAUCCAAAGAAUCUGUAUCAUUGGAUACUCUCAUUACAACUCUAGAUAUCCCUCAGUUUGCAGCUGCUGAGUCAGUCAGAGGAAAAUGGUCGGAGUUUAUGAUGAGAUCUACAUUAAGCUGGCGGCCAUCUUUGUUUACACAGAAAACUGCGCGAGAACUUUUAUUUGACGGAUUUUCUGAUCCUUUGCUCACAGCUGGAGCUUUCUUUAACCCGGAUUCCAAAGUUCCCCUGGAUAAGUUUGGUUGGUUCUAUGGAAGAAAUGGAACCACGUGGGCAGAUGACGUCAUUGGAAUGGCCACCGGGGAACAGAACUACACUCAGCUGGGGGAAAUCAAAACGUGGAAGAAUUCAACUAGAACACAUUAUUCAGGAAAAUGUGGUCAGCUGAAAGGUUCUGCGUCGGGAUUUCUUCCUGUGAAUCUGAAGAGAACAAGUUUUGAUUUCUUCUCUACGGAUAUUUGUAGACCGAUCAGAUUUCAGAAAUCUGAAGAAUUUAUCCACAAUAAGCUCCCCGUCCACAAGUUUUCGGUCAACCCUAUGGAGACCUUUGGUAAUGAGAGCACUAACCCAGAGAACAUCUGCUACAACACAUUUCAUCCUGCAGGGAUACAUAAUUCUACUGGGUGCAAGGAUGCUGGGAUUCUUCCCGUAUUUGUUUCACUUCCUCACUUCCUUGAUGCUGAUCCAUCCUACCUGAAGCAAUUCCAACCAGGUAGCUUAAACCCAGACCCAGAGCAGCAUUCAGCCUACAUGAUCCUACAACCUGAUACUAGUAUACCUGUUCAAGUUAAGAUGAGACUUCAGAUAAUUCUUCAGCUUCGUAAGAAUGAAAACCUAGGAAGAAACUUUGAGAACCUAUCAAACACAUUCCUCCCAGUUCUUUGGUUUGAUGCUGGAGCAGAGACUACUCCAGACCUUGAGUAUACCAUCUGGUUCCUUGUAAACACUCCCUCUAUAGUCAAGUAUAUCGGAAUGGUAUUAUCUAGUGUUGGUUUAGCUCUAUGUCUCUUAUUUCUCUAUGUUAUGGUAAAAGCAGGAAGGAAUGAACGAGAGAAAAUUGUACAAAUCAAACUAAAUGACGAUGAACUCGAAAAUUUGUGAUAUUUCAAAAUCUAUUUUGUAAUCUUUUAUAUUUUUAUAUUUCUACAUCUUUACAUCUUUACAUAUUUGCAUUAGGUACAAAAUUGUGAAUGUAACUUAUGUAUUUUACUUAAAUCAGAUAUAGUAUUGUUUUUGUGUAACUUUAAUAAAGCGAUUAUUUAUGAUUUUAA